AUGACGGGGAGUCCGGCUACGUUACGCACAUGCCUCUUAGGGCGCAUUACGGGAGUCCGGCUACGGCAAACGAAGGCCUCCUACUCUCUUCCACGGGACUUUACGCACGGUGUGCCUCGUAAGGCGCAGUGCGGGAGUCCGGCUACGGCAAACGGAAGGCCGUCGACGAAUCGACGCCACUUACCGCACGGCAGCAGGAGUACCGGCUGUCGCCGUCGCUGCUGUGCUGUCGUCGUCGUCGUCGUCGUCGUCGUCGUCGUCGUCGUCGUCGUCGUCGCCCGUCGUCGUCCCGUCCGCCGCGCCGUCCGUCCGUCCGUCCGUCCGUCCGUCCGCUCCGCGCAUUACGGGAGUCCGGCUACGGUGAACGAAGGGGGGCCGCCUUCGCGCACAUGCCUUAAAGGCGCAGUACGGGAGUCCGGCUACGGCAGACGAAGGCCUUCGACAAAACUACGCACUUUACGCACUUACCUUCUGAGGCGCCUGACGGGAGUCCUGCGGCACGACGCACGUCCGGCUACGGCAAACGAAGGCAUUCGACGAACUUGGGCAUUUAACGAUUCUACGGGACUUACGCACGGAGCAAGCUAUCAGCUCGCUUGCGGCAGUCGGAAAGCGAACGAAAGAACGCGCGCUUCGUCAUCAUCGCUUUGCUGCGCAUUACGGGAGUCCGGCUACGGUGAACGAAGGGGCCGCCUUCUACGGGACUUACGCACAUGCCUCUUAAGGCGCAGUACGGGAGUCCGGCUACUACGGCAAACGAAGGCCUUCGACAAAACGACGCACUUUACGCACUUACCUUCUGAGGCGCAUGACGGGAGUCCGGCUACGUGGACCCAUCACCACUGUCCGGGCACGACACACGUCCGGCUACGGCAAACGAAGGCAUUCGACGAACUUGGGCAUUUAACGAUUCUACGGAAGUUACGCGCAUGCCUCUUAGGGCGCAUUACGGGAGUCCGGCUACGGCAAACGAAGGCCUCCUACUUCUCCUUCCACGGGACUUUACGCACGUGGUGCCUCGUAAGGCGCAGUGCGGGAGUCCGGCUACGGCAAACGGAAGGCCGUCGACGAAUCGACGCCACUUACCGCACGGCAGCAGGAGUACCGGCUGUCGCCGUCGCUUGCUGUGCUGUCGUCGUCGUCGUCGUCGUCGUCGUCGUCGUCGUCGUCGUCGUCGUCGUCUCCGCCGCCGCGCCACCGGGCCGUCCGUCCGUCCGUCCGUCCGUCCGUCCUAAUUUCGCCGAUCGCUGCCGAGGCGGGCGACGCGCGUCCGGCUACGGCAAACGAAGGCCUCCUUCUAAGGAACUACGCACUUACCUUCUAAGGCGCAUUACGGGAGUCCGGCUACGGUACGGCGAAGGCCACCGAACUUACGGCACUUCCUUCGCACGCCUGACGUGGUCCCGGCGCCUUACGGGUCCGUCCGGCUGCGGCCUAAACGAAGGCCUGCGACGCAACGCACUUUACGCACGACUACUACUGCGGCGCUACGGGGGCUUCGGGGUAAACGAAGGCCACCACUUAGUCCCGCAGGGUCACGACACGUUCGGCACGGCACGUCCGGCUACGGCAAACGAAGGCAUUCGACGAACUUAG